AUGGCCUUGAAGUGUGUGGAGUUGGGGUGCAGCGCUUCAUCAGGCCUCCACACUAGCCCUAGCAAAGGGGACGCCGCAUGUCGUUAUGAAGAGCCGACGCAGCUGAUCCUGUAUGGCAGGAUGAUGAUGCAACAGCAGAUGAUGCAGCAGCAAAUGGCACAGCAGCAGCAAUCGGGAGCAGGCGCGCAUGUUGUGGCUGUUGUGGAGGAUGUGGAAGCUGCCAGGGCUGCCAGGGUUGUGGCUAUGGCUGCGGAGGGUGUCAGGGAUGUCAGGCAUGCCAAGGCUGCCAGGGCUGUCAAGGCUAUCAAGCAUGCCAGGGUUGCCAGGGUUGCCCGGGCCAAGGGUGCCAAGGGUGUUGGGCUGGCGGAGGUUGCUGCCAGGGUUGUGGUGGCUGUGGUUGUCAAGGCUGCGCAGGUGGCUGUGCUGCCGGCGGCUGUGCUGCCGCUGGCUGUGCUUCCGGUGGCUGUGGACCGGGUUGUGGAGGCGGCCAUGGAGCCUGCAGCGGAUGCAGUGGUGCCACAGGAAAAGGUGGAACUGGUUAUGAAGAUCGCAACAUGCUCCAAGGAGGAGGACCGGUAUGGAGACGAUCAAGGCAGUGGGUGGAAAGGUGGAGAUGCUUGGGGUGGCAAAAAGGGCCGCGGGGCCAACAAGGGCCAAGGCAAGAACAGUGGUAGUGCCGGCGGCGGUGGCGGCGGCAAGGACCGUGGCAAAGGCCGAGGCCGCGAUCGCGACGAUGAAUGGGCGGCGCUAGGUCGCAUGCGGAAUGCUGCUGCAGGCUGA